AUGGCCUUGCUGGAGGUAAGGAACACCAGGGAGCAGAGGGGGCCUGUGAUGGCUACAGGUGCCCAGAGCCUCUCACCGCCUCGCCAGGGCUUCAUGAAAUGCUUGCUGGAAGUGGAGGAGGAGGAAGAGGCCGCCCACCGGAGAGCCUCAAAGGCCCGGGCCCUGCCAGGCCGGAAGUUUCCUAGGAGCCCGACCCCCGGGCCCAUCUCAGCCCCAAGUCUACCCAUCUCACUGACACCGCAGACCCCCACGUCAGCUCCUGCCCCUGCCCCUUCAUGGACCUGGUCCUUGACCCCUGGGUCUGGCCCUGUCUCCAUGGGCGCUGCGGUGGCUGCAGCACCCAACCCCACUCUGCGGGCGCCCUGGAGAAGGAUGGAACUCCCACAAGGGAGUAGCGAAAGGACCCUGAGCUACUAUAGGGCACGGCAGGAGCCAGAAGAGCACAGCAUCUUGAAGUUGUGUCAGAGCUGGGAGGAGCGGGCCGAGGAGCACCUCACCCUGAGGCAGGAGGAAGCUUUCCGCAGCUACUUUGAGAUGUUCAAUGGCCCGGGGGAGGUGGACGCACAGAGCCUGAAGAACAUCCUGCUGCUGGUGGGCUUCUCCCUGACGCCAGCCCAAGUGCAGGACGCCCUGAUGAGCGCUGACGUUGACGGAGAUGGUCACGUGGACUUCAAGGACUUCCUGGCAGUGAUGACAGACUCUAAGCGCUUCUUCUGCUCUGUGGAACAGAAUGCCCUGAUGGACACGGCUCUGCCCAACCCUCACACUCUGCUUUUUGAGAUCCUGUCUCUGCUGGUGGAGAUGCUGGCUUUGCCCGAGGCAGCCUUGGAGGAGAUCACCAACUACUACCAGAAGAAGCUGAAGGAAGGGACAUACAGGGCCCACGUGGCGGACAUGGCCACAAGCCGGCUGCGGCCGCAGAAGCAGCUUCCUUCUGGCCUGCAGCCCGCGGACAGCUUCGAAGUCCCAGAACGAAGAGUCCUCAGGAUCUUGAGCCGACUGAAGCAACAAAACUAUGCUGCCAACCUGCAGAGCCCCUAUGCCCAGGUGCCCUGUAUCCCGCUGUGCCCGCGGCUGGACAAGAAGAUAGUCCAGCGGAAACAGGGCAGCCAUUACGUGCUAGAGCAGUACACCUCCUCCAGCCUGGGCUCGGAUGCUCGCUGCUGCUUCUACCAGCCGGGAUCUCAAGGCAGAAGAGAAUACAGCUCUGACAGCAGGAAGUGGCUCAGCUCCGUACCAGCUCCAACUCCCUGA